CAUGAUGCCAACCUGUCAUCUGCCCCAGCUGUCACUGACGUUUGUUGGCCAGCUACUCUAUCUACGUUCUCUUUUUGUGUUGUUUCGGUGUCCAUCUUUCACUCUUGGAUCAACUCCAGACUCGAAUCCCGAGACUCUUUAUGCUUCCUCCUCGUGUUUCUGUCUGAUAUUUUCUUCAUCUUUGUCUUUCUUUCGCCCCCGAUCCUGAACCAACACGUAGUCAUUGAGUGGUUGUCGCUCGCUCCUUUUACAAUCGUGCCUUCUCCCUUCUCACGCAAGUUCAGGUCACGCUCUACACACCACGCGAAACAAAACGGAACAUAGGGCAUCGCAGAAUACCAAAAUGGCGCGUUCAAAGCAGGCCACUCCCAUCCGUCGGCAGACGUCGUCCGAGUACUUUAGCAAGGCCGACACCCUCGCGCGGACACCCAGCCACAGCAAUGGAGUCGCGACGACAGCAACGUCUUCAAAAUCCAACGGCAAGGUCUCCGUGCCUGCCGCUCCCGUUGAGGCAAAGGAGGCCGGCGUAGUGCAGAUCUUGAUUGCCGUAGGCGGUAUCUACGCCUCAUUCUUGACGUGGGCCUACCUCCAAGAGAAGCUCACGACAACGCCCUACGGCCCGGCCUCGAAGCCCGAGGUUUUCAAGUAUCCCGUAUUCCUCAACACGAUUCAGUCUCUUUUCGCCGCGACGACUGGCUUUCUCUAUCUCUGGUUCUCCUCGCGCGGCACCACAUCUCUACCGCCCGUCUUCCCCUCGCGCGGCAUCGUUAUGCCCCUCGCCCUCGUCGCUGUCACCUCGUCCCUCGCGUCGCCCUUCGGCUACGCCUCCCUCGCACAUAUCGACUACAUCACGUUCCUGCUCGCAAAGUCUUGCAAGCUGGUCCCCGUCAUGCUCCUCCACACCACCUUAUUCGGCAAGCGUUACCCGCUGUACAAGUACCUCGUCGUCGCAGGCGUCACCGCGGGCGUGGCGGUGUUCACGCUGCACUCGGGCAGCAAGAAGAAGAAGUCGGUCGUCAACCCGGACGCUAACAUGCCCUGGGGCAUGCUCCUGCUGUCCAUCAACCUGCUGUUUGAUGGUCUCACCAACAGCACCCAGGACUACAUCUUCAGCACCUUCAAGGGGUACACGGGCCCGCAGAUGAUGUGCGCCAACAACCUGAUGAGCACCGCCGUCACUCUCGGUUACCUGGUACUGAGCCCCUGGCUGGUGCACACGGGGCUGGGCGAGUACCUCGGCAUGGACGUCGCCGGCAAUGCGGGCGAACUGAAGGCCGCGCUGGCCUUCAUGGCGCGGUACCCCGCCGUGUGGUGGGAUGUGCUGGGUUUCGCGGCGUGUGGCGCCGUCGGCCAGGUGUUUAUCUUCUAUACCCUCUCAACCUUCUCCUCGGUUCUACUCGUCACCGUAACCGUCACCCGCAAGAUGGUCACCAUGGCUCUCUCCGUCUUCGCCUUCGGCCACAGCCUCACCAGCAUGCAAUGGCUCGGCGUCUCCCUCGUCUUCGGCGCCAUCGGGGCCGAAGCCCAGAUCGCGACAAAGGAGAAAAGGGCCAAGGAGGCCGCGAAGCGCGCCGCCGCCGCUGGCAAGACGGAGUAAGAGGCUGUAGGAAAGUAGCACUCGUUCAAUUUGAGGUACUUGCUGCUGUACCCCCCCCCCCCCCCCGACCGUGUAGUGCCCCUUCUUCCCUCCUAGCCCUUUUGGGGCCAGACGUUUCGUGAUGUUGUUUGUCGGAGGCUGGCGUAGAACACGUCGAGAAUUUCCAAAGAGAAAGCAAUCGCUUGCUAAGAGACGUCAAUCGAGCAACAGAGCACAACCAAAGAAGGUGCUUUUCCCCCCUUUUCAAUGCAGAAUUGCGGUGGCCACGGUUCAUUUUUGCUGGCAGUAUAUCCAAACACAUGUUAUCGAUCAUGUCCCAUCUCCAUCUUUCACGGGUGGGUUCUAGCCUAGUACCUUCGAUUCCUAUUCCCAGCUUUACUCGUGGAUACAAGUUCAUGUAUAUAUAUACCCAUAUACUUAUAGACACAUAUCUGCGCACAUACAGCAUGCAGCAAGCAUACACAUACACACUCGCAGAUGAAACUACGGAGUGUCCGUCCACCCGGUGCCGACUGGCGUUUCGCUAUUGAUAGAUCAUCAAGAAAGCAGCUUUGGAGAUCCUGCCUAACCCUCAAGUUUCCUACGCUUCGUAAAGGGAAGUGAAGAUAACCCCCUUUCUUGCCUCGCUCGCAUCAACUCUCUCUCUCUCUCUCUCUCUCCCUACAAAAGUCAGCCACCCGACAUCAUCUCCCAGCGAUGCCUAGUCUCACCAUUGGAAACAGCACCAGGCACCAGGAAGGCGAUCACGACAAGCGAGAAACAGGCAGCAGAUUUGACACACAAAGUGUGGCUUCUCAGUUAUUUUCCAAGUCAUCUACCUUCCACCCUCCGCCCCUCCUUCCCCAGCCAUGCCGUCAUGGUAUGAUCAUCUCGUCCUCACCUCCGCUUUCUCCUGGACUCCAUAUGCGUUUGCGGAAAGUCAUCCGUAGAUAGACCCGCGAGGGAAAAAAGCAAGAAAAAAUCCGAACUAAACAACACAAGAAAAGAAAACGUGACGGUAUCGGGGGUCUUUUCUUUUGGAGGGUUUCAAAAAAAAUUCGUCGACAGCCGUCUUCUCUCCAAGCCAACCAGUCCCCGUGGGAAAAUGGCAUCGUGAAGAAAUUCUGUGAAGCAAAAUCCACCCUCCCCCUUAACUCCUUGGUCCAAAAUGUUGGCGCACUCGAAAACGACUACACGUAAGAUGGCCGAACCCCCAUCCCGUUGCCUGUUCAUGUCCAAAUGGGGGAAAUCCGUUUCCCACCUUUUCGUUCCAAUAUUCGCGCCCGGAGGACACGGCUCUAGAUUACACAUUUCGGUUUAUGGUAGUAAGGUACGUUUUUUUGUUUUUCGCAAAGUGCUAGCAUGGCGGUUUCCAUCACCAAUUCGCCACUCGCUGCGCUCU